GACGCGGACCCGUUCCACCUCUUCCCGCUCGUGGAAGCGGAGAUGUGGCUGCGCGCCGCCGCCGUCUACAAGCCGCGAGCCGCGCUGUCCGAGGCGAUUGCGACGCGCGGCCGCAGAGCGGCCGAGAAGCUCAUCAGCGAGAUGGAGGCGCACGAGGAGAGGGAGGGGCGCGACCCGGCGGCGCUGAGCCGCUCGCCCCUCGCCGAGCUGUGGGAGGAGGGCGAGGAGGGCGAGGAGGGCGACAGCGACAGCGACGCCGAGCAGCCGACAGCACUCGCCGAGCACACUGGGGGCGGCGGGGAGCGCGGCCUCGCUUCCGAGUGGUGGGCUGGGGCUCGCGAGGCGCGGCUCCGCCCGAUGGCUCCCCCCCUGCCCUCGGCCGAGCCCCGCGCCCUCGACCUCGGCUGCGUCUCGCCGCAGGCGGAGCUGCAGGCGUGGCGCGCCGCGGCGCGGCGAGCGGCGGCUCUCGCGGCGAACGUCGCGGCGGACGAGCGGGCGGCGGCGGCGGCGGCGAUGCGGCGGGAGGAGGAGGAGCGGGAGGCGUCGCGGCGGCGCAAGGAA